AUGGGAGCAUAUGCGAUGACUGGUAUGCAGAUGAUGGCACAGCGCCCUUGCAUCCCAGCCUGCAGGCAAAUGCUUGGGUCGACAUCAGCACUAUCUGCAUUUGGAAGGGCAAUUUGUACCAGAACUGGCUUUGCCAGCUCUUCUAAAGCCACAUCAGCAGGACCACUGGUUUCUUCAAAUUGCAAGAGGGUUGUGAGGGCAAUGUCGCAGAGAGGUGCCCAAGGACUUCCCAUUGAUCUUACAGGUAAAAGAGCAUUUAUUGCUGGAGUUGCUGAUGAUAAUGGUUAUGGUUGGGCAAUUGCUAAGGUUCUUGCUGCCGCUGGUGCUGAGAUUCUUGUCGGUACAUGGGUGCCUGCGUUGAACAUAUUUGAGACAAGCUUGAGACGUGGAAAGUUUGAUGAAUCACGGAAGCUACCUGAUGGAUCUCUUAUGGAGAUUGCUAAAGUAUAUCCACUGGACGCAGUUUAUGACACCCCUGAGGAUGUUCCUGAAGAUGUUAAAGCAAACAAAAGAUAUGCUGGAGCUUCAAACUGGACCGUUAAGGAAGUUGCUGAGACUAUAAAGAAUGAUUUUGGUAGCAUUGACAUCCUUGUACAUUCUCUCGCCAAUGGUCCUGAGGUAACAAAGCCACUGAUGGAGACAUCAAGGAGAGGAUACCUUGCUGCAAUUUCAGCAUCUAGUUAUUCUUAUGUUUCUUUACUUCAACACUUUCUUCCCAUAAUGAAUCCAGGAGGUGCUAGUAUCUCUUUGACCUACAUAGCUUCUGAAAGGACAAUUCCUGGAUAUGGUGGUGGUAUGAGUUCAGCAAAAGCAGCACUUGAGAGUGAUACAAGAUUACACACUUUUCUUGAGAGUCCAAUGGUUCUUGCUUAUGAAGCAGGUCGAAAAGGCAAAAUCAGAGUGAACACCAUAUCAGCAGGUCCAUUGGGAAGCCGAGCAGCAAAAGCCAUUGGAUUUAUCGAGAAGAUGAUAGAUUAUUCUUAUGUCAAUGCACCACUGCAAAAGGAACUAUUGGCAGAUGAAGUGGGGAACACGGCAGCAUUCCUCGCGUCUCCUUUGGCAUCAGCAAUCACUGGUUCAACUAUUUACGUUGACAAUGGUCUCAACACAAUGGGACUUGCACUUGACAGCCCUACUUUAUCCACAUGA